GUGUCUUUCCAUAAACAUUUUGGCUGUGUGAGACGUGCACGCUGCAACUCCAGGAAGCAGUUAGGAAGUUCUGACCAAGUUUUACGGUGCCACAUCGACCCUCCGGACUUUCCCAUGGGCGCAGUUCCACCCUUAAAGUGGCAGGCGGCGCAAACACCAGUAAAUGUAAAGAUGAUUGACGGCUCAGCUGACUAAUCGGACACCGCUGUUGGAACGGGCGGGCUGAGCAGUGACCAAUAGACGCCCACGGUGGGCGGGGUGGGCGGCUCCCCGGUCGGAGCCGCCGCUGCUGCUACUUGCCGACGCUGGGCUGGAGUUUAGUCGGGUACAGACGACUUUUUAAAACCUUCGCGACUUCAAAACAAACAAGCAAAAGAAAAAGAGGUGAUGAAAAUUACACCAUUUAGAACUCGUGCAGAAGCGAUCUCUUCACUUUGCAAGAUUAUGUUGAGGGGAGACUGCAAGGAGCAUCUUUGAAGCACUUUCUUUGGGGCAAGUUAACCAACAUUUAAAAUGAUCAAAACUCAAUCCAACCGUUUGUUAUAUUGUAUCUCUACUCAUUGUUUUUUCGGGUGCUUAGCGACAAUAAGUGGGUUUUAAUUACCCUGAAACGACACUCUUAUUUGACUCAUUGUCUGAACAUGAAGCAUCAGUGACUCAGGUUAAAUACUGGGUGCAGAUUUGUAACUAAAUAGUUAUUCAUCUGCAGUGUUUUCCUGUCGAAAAAUACAUCGGGGCACCUCUCUCGACAUAUGGAAACGGUUAGUAGUCGGGGUUGCAGCACUGUAGCUGGACCAGAGCAGUCCAGCCAUAAUAAAAACAGCAAAUAACUCGGCAGGUCUGGCCGGAUCUGUGAAGAGGGAGAGAGAGAGAGAGAGCGCGACAGAUUUAACGUUUCAGGCAAUACCAGCAUCCAGUGACCAUCUGUAAAGACGAGGCCAGUCCCAGAGAGCCUCAACUCAGCUUCUACCUCUGAAGUGGAAGCUUGUGAACUCUCUGAGAAUACACCUGCAAGGUGUUCGCUCAUCCUCUGUCAGAAACUUUCACCUCGUGUGAAAUUUGAAUGCGCAACACUCCUGUGAAGCACCUCGGACUGGUCUGUAAUGUUAAAGAAACGUAGAAUAACUGAAAAACCAUGGGCAAUUUCAAAGGACAUGCACUUCCUGGAAGUUUUUUCCUCCUCUUUGGCCUGUGGUGGUCAGUGAAAUAUCCUAUGAGGUACCUCUGCAGAAAGAAUAAGAAUGUUUGUUACUUGGUAUCAAUCUCAGGGCAUCGACGAUUAGACAUCAUUGAAGGAAUUGUGAAAGCCAGCUUUGCACUAAUAGGCAUGAUAGCAGAGCAGUUUGUUCCUGAUGGGCCCCAUCUGAAGCUUUAUAACUAUGAAGAAAAGCAUUGGGAUCACCUGAUGAACUGGCAGCAUGCAACUAUGUAUCUCUUCUAUGGCAUCUCAGGGAUUGUGGACAUUAUAGUCCAUAUAACGCCUGCAGUGCCAUUAGCCCUUGACAGGCUCAUGCUUGCCAUUGCAGUCUUCAUUGAAGGUUUUUUGUUUUAUUACCAUGUUCAUGGUCGUGCGAUGCUUGAUAUUCAUGUGCACAUCCUGCUGUUGGUGGCCGUGUUUGGCGGUUCUCUUAGCAUCUUUCUUGAAGUCUUCCUCCGGGGGAAUAUAGUAUUGGAGCUUUUGAGGACAAGCCUUUGUAUACUGCAGGGCAGUUGGUUCUGGCAGAUUGGAUUUAUUCUGUAUCCUCCAAAUGGAAGCUCUGAAUGGGACCAAACUAGUCAUGACAAUAUGAUGUUUAUUACCAUGUGCUAUUGCUGGCAUUAUGCUAUUUCACUCCUCAUUGUAGCUCUUAGCUAUGCCAUUGUCAAUUGGGUGAUUAAUACAAAGUUAAAAAAGGUCGAGCCUCUGGAGAUGGGACUGUUGAAGUCAUCAGAAAAAGAUCAAGAAGUUGAGGAUGAAAUAUAGUCUUAUAAAUAUUGCAGUUUGCUACCAUUAUGCCUUCUUUAUGUAUAUAUUUUUUAGAAUCUUUAAUGUUUUCUGAUGUUAAACUCUUCCAAUAUCCUAAACCUUUGUCUACAAAGGAGCAAAUGUAUUGAACGAUCAUGUGUUUUGCAUUGAAAUGGACGGAUUUAGGUACAUUUCUUUUACUGCUGUCUUUUAUUCCUAUCAAAUCAACUAGUGAAAAGGGUGACAUUUGUGAUCUUUACAAUAAUCGAAACUUGAUCCUGAUUUCCAAAAGCUUGAGUGACAAGUGAAAGGGGAAAUACACACUUCAGUUUGUCUUUUAUUUUCUAUGUUUAAAAACUCGUGUCUAAGUAUGAACAAGUCCUGAAAGAAAGUAACAAUCUUUUGACAAUAAUACUUCAAAAGAACUAGAAAAAUUCAUAAAGCAUUUUGCAAAUGAAGAGCACAAGGAUGAAAUUAAUUUAUACCAAUAAUGCAGCAAGGAUUUAUAUUAAACUUGGAUCCUAUCAUACAUCCUUUAAAAGAGAGAAUUCAGUUUAGAUUAAAAUGGGCUGCCAAGUUACCAUGAGUUCAUUUUGUACUACCAUCUCUUCAAAAGUCAAAGGAAGAUUUUGGUGCUCAAAACUAUAAGCAGUGAAAAUAUUAACUUAAAAAUUACAUAGUACAAAUUAAAAAGUGUAGACAACUUCUAUUGUAACGUUACUUCAAACCAAAUUCUAAUCCUUAAAUCCACACCAAUGACUGAAGUGAUAUAAAAUUCAGUUUGUGACUCUGAAGUGACAAUGCCGGAUUUAAAAGAAUUGUAAUAUUUUACUUUUAAAUGUUUUUGUAUUAAAGUAAAUCUUUGAGUUUUGAAAAUAUGUUUCCAGAGAUAGACAUAUGUGAUGGUGUUUGACAUUACAAAAAAGCUUGAAACUCUCUUCUUUCUGAAAACUUGCAUUACUGGUAUACUGCAAUAUAUCUGACUUCAUUCACUCCACUAACAAACACAGUGACCUAGUACUAAGCCAUGAUUGCAUAUCAUAAAUGACUGAUAUCAUAAAUGACUGAGUGCAAUGUGAAACAGACUUCAGAGUCGCUGUGAACCAUUUCAUGCUAUUGUCAAAAGCAAAGUUUCACCCCAGCACAUGCUUGAAGAAUCUGCAAUAGCAUUAUUGCAAAGUUUGCUUCAGAACUACAUUCUGAUACAAUAUUCAAUAUCAAAGGGGAUGGAAAAUUUUGUGUAGCAAAAUUACAAAUGUUUUUUAUAUGAGCUUUUGCUUUUGUUACAAAUAGCACAUGAAAAAUACACAAACUCAUACAUUAGUUGUUCAAACUAGCAUAAAAAAAAUCUUUAUUCUACUUGAGAAAUUAUGCGUUCCCAAAAUUGUCCAAAGGUUUCCUUGUUCAACUACCAUAGCUUUAGUGGAAUGCUCGUACGUUUUAGGUCAAAGUUGCCCUGACUGAGAAGUUUAACAGUUGGACAAUAUACCAUUCUAUUGCUUAAAUUUUCUCUUGGAUUAUUUCAUUCCAGCUAUUCUGAAAAUUAUGAAAGUUAAGGAUCUAUGUCUAUUAUUUAACACAGUAGUGUUUAAACAGUCUUUUAAAGGGAAGAAAUGCCAUGUAGUGUGUUCAAUCUUAAUGUUCUUUAACGUCUUUUUUUGAAUUAAAACUUUAUUAGAAAUCGUUUUGAAAAUAAAACCUAUGAUACCCACGAUUGACUUAAAAGUAAUGACCAAUGCUUAAAAUAUUAGUACUUGCUGAAAAGCAUUUGGUAACAACGUGCAAAUUCCUUAUGAAAACCCUACAUUGUGUGACAAAAAAAUAGAUUUUUUUCUUAUCAAUAACACAUUUUAUGCCAACCAUUUAAUUGAAGAUUCAAUUUAGCAAGUCAGAAUUUGACAUAAAAUGAAACUUAUAGAUUGGAAAUGAAAGUUAUAACAGUGAUCAAGUAGUAAAAUAAAUGUCCUUCAGUACAAUGAUGCAUCCUGAUAUUACAUUUUGUUGCAACUGUAAAACAAUUAUUCAUUUCCUUUUAUUCAGUUUUUCAAGGAGACAAGGAAAUGGGGCAAUCACUUUUUUAAAUUGGUGCUAAAAUUAAUGGCUAUUAGGCUUCAUCCUGAUGGCAUUUAUCUUUAAAUCGUCGUUAGUACUUGAGUUGUUUUCCCUUCUCCUCCAAAUGAAGAGAUUCUCCUUGAUGUCAGAGAGCAUUGCACUCCAAGAACCAACACAAAUCUGAAUGACUUUCUGGACUCACAUUCAAGCCCACAUGUUGUCCUUUGCAAUUUCUCCAAAAUGCUAACUUGAAACAGAUGGUUCCACUACCAGAAACUUAGAUCCAGAUACUGUUAGAAAAAUGGUCACUCUGUGUGGUGUGACAGUAAUUUAGAAUGAAUAUACACCAUAUGGUGAACAGAAAUCCCUCACUGGAAGGGUGAUAUCUGGGCCAUCCACCAAAACAUCCUGAAGUUUGUCAUCUUUUCCAUGCAUGUCUGCACUUUAGCAUAUGUAAACAAUGUCAUGAUGUAGAAAAAUAUGCUGCACAGUCAAAGUAAAUAAAUCAUUUAAAAAAUCAACAAAUUAUAGUAAAUAUCUGGUCGGCAUGGACAAAUUGGACUGAACAGUCUAUUUCUGUGCCGUACAUCUCUAUGACUCUGUCACCACUUAGCUGUAUGUUUCCUUUGGGGAAUUGUUGAUCAUGUCCUAAGUGUAGCUGAACCUUAAAUGUCAGGAAACCCAUGAUCUUGUAUGACAGACUAUCAACAUCACUGAAAGGUCAGGUUACAGCCAGCACCCGACAAUUCCAUAUCAUAAGUACAAAAUUCAGAAACUAUCCAUUCAAAACCAGCUAGUUGUUCCUUUCAUCCAAACAGCCAUCUGGAGUUGUAAUCAGCCAGCAAAAGCUAGACACCAAUCACCAGCAGCCUGCCAGUGGCACCCAGCUAUCGAUAAUCAAUUCACAGAUAAGCUGGGUGGACUGGAAGAUGAUGUGUUUAGAGAAAGUUGAGGGUUUGUCAUCAAGGGAGAGUUUGGAAGCUAAUCUCUCAAAGAAAUUGACAGCUGAAACUACUACGAUCUACCCAGGAGAUGAAAAAGAGGGUAGUGCAGUAUUUGGUUGCCAAAAGACAUGCUUACACACAAUGGAAGGUAACCCAUGAGGUGAGAGAGGUGUGCUUCAGAACCUGGCUGUAGGUAACCUCAAUAGAACAUAUAAGUAUCUUCAGUUUCCCUUUUGGGAUUAAACAGUAUUUUCUCCCACCCACCUUUCUCCCCAUUCUCCUAUUCAUUGUUGUAAAAUUUACUACACUCCUUCCUGGUCUAGGUAGGCACAGUGUCCUACCCCUGCAUCACCACAGUUGCCACUUGACUUCAUAUUCUGCCAUUUCCAAUUUCACCUCACUCCCAAUGCUGUCAUUGCAUUUCCUUGUCCAUCAACAAAACUCUGAGUUACUCUUCUCACAUUCCAUUACCAAAGUUAAUGCCACCGUUGCCUGCUUUAAUCCUAUCUGAAUGGUGAUGCUGCUCCUUUUUAAUUCUGGUUUUAUCCUAGUAAAAGAGGAAUGAAUUGAUGGUUAGAUGUUAUACAUAUGUUUAAUUUUUUUCCCCUUGUACAAAGCUAGAAGCAAGCUACAAUAGUGAGGCAGGAAUGUUUCGGUAGGAGACUGUCUGGGAAUUUAGGACCAUUCAUUAAUUACAUCUAUGAUAGUGCAUGGGACUGGUUCAGUCAAGUGGGCACAAGCUUAAAGUGUACACCAAAACCUUAUGUAGACUCUCCACUGCAUGAGAACAGAAGACUAUGAUGGGAAACCUGAAACUAGAGAAAAUAAUAUGUACAUAUCCAAUGCAAGAAGUUAUAUUUCUGUACUGAACCCCAGAGUGACCAAUAUAUUUCAGAGUCUUUCUGAUUAAGAAUUUGUGUGAAAUGUAUAUUGAUAUUAAAAAUAUUAUUUUUGGUUUUAAAACCUGCCAAAACAAUAACAUUAUAAGACAUUUAAGAACUCUCUGUCUUUUAGUGCGUAAUUGAUGAACAUUUUCUUGGUACUUAAUAAAGUGUAACUACAUGCAAAUUUCAAAAAAAUGCAGGAGAUAUUUAGGCAAUUACAAAGUACUCCUUUGUCCAUAUAUAGUUUACUUUCAAGUAAAUAUUAAAAUCUUUCUGUGCAUUCCUCCAGAUAUUUUCAGUCCUAUAUAUUUGUGUACUCAAUUUUGAAAUGUUAAACAUUUAGAAAAAGUCAUAUUUAUAUGUAAUUUACAAGAUAUGUUUUGAGAAUCAUGUUUUGAGAAUCAGACUUGAUGUGUAGCAUAUAAUGGAUAGAAUAUGAAAGCUUGAAUACAUAAAAAUAAAGUAACCAUCGCAAUUUUUGUAGAGUUAAUAUUUUAUAUGCAAAUACAUUUUGGAUAAAUUUAGAUUUCUCUCUUUUGUAAUAUAUUGUAGUUAAAUAAUUAGAUUAUACCUCAAAUGAAAUGAAUAUUUAUUUUCUAUGACUGAGAAAAGUUAUAUUAUUUACUUCUCUUACUUUGUAAAACAAGUACAAAUUUUGGCAAUACUUUAUUUCUUAACUUAAUUUAAAUAUUGUCUCCUAUGUGUAGUUGAUUCAGUUUUGCCAAUUAACCUGUCAACGCAAUAUUAAUCAGUAAAGACCAAAGGAACAUUUCAAAAAAUUUAACUUCUAAAGUAAAUUUUAAAUAUUCAUUGAUCAUGAAUCAUUUUGUUUUCCAUUUCAUUGUAAUACGUUCUAUGGAAUACACUAAACUUGGCAGGUUUUCAAUGUCUUUAAUAUUUCUUAUUAUGAAUACAUUUUUCUGUUAAAAAUAGCAAUGUGUACUGUGUUUAGACAUUUACAUGAAUAUACCAAUGUGUUGUCAUAAUGCAGUUGUAUUAUUGGUGAAGGUUUGAAAAAAAAGAUUCUCUUUGUCAACUUUAUUCAACAAUGAAUUAUCAAAAACGUUUUGUCCAGUUUUGAAGAAUGCCUGCAGAUUAUGUUGAAUUACUACUAUCUUCUGAAGUUACUGUCAUAAACUUAGCUGUGAAUGAGAAGUCUCUACUUUAUUCUAAUUAAAAUAAUUUCUUAAAUAUA